UUCUCGAUCAACUCAAACAAUUCACUACCAUUGUCGCCGACACUGGUGAUUUUGACUCAAUCGCCGAAUACAAACCACAAGAUGCUACCACAAACCCGUCUUUGAUUUUGGCUGCUACUCAAAAACCCCAAUAUUCCAGGUUGAUAGACGAAGCUGUCGAAUAUGCAAAGGGUAAAGAAGGAUCCGUCGAAGAAAAGGUCGAAUGGGCUACCGAUAAAUUGUUGAUCAACUUUGGUGCAGAAAUUCUAAAAAUUAUUCCCGGACGUGUUUCCACCGAAGUUGAUGCCCGACUCUCCUUCGACACCGAAGGUACCAUCGCCAAGGCGAAAAGAUUGAUCGGUCUGUACAAAGAGAUCGGAAUCAAUUCUGAACGUGUGUUGAUAAAGAUCGCAUCAACAUGGGAGGGAAUCCGUGCGGCCGAAAGGCUUGAGAAAGAAGGCAUUCAUUGCAAUUUGACAUUGCUUUUCUCAUUUCCUCAGGCCGUAGCAUGUGCCGAAGCGGGUGUAACACUAAUUUCACCGUUUGUCGGUCGCAUCCUCGAUUGGUACAAGAAGAGUACCGGAAAGACCUAUACUGCAACCGAAGAUCCCGGCGUUCAAUCCGUAACCAGAAUCUACAAUUACUACAGAAAAUAUGAUUAUCACACCAUCGUGAUGGGUGCCUCAUUUC